AUGAAUUUCUCCUUACAAAAUCCAUACAAUUUCAAGCAGACAAGUGAUGAGGAUAAAGAGAAAUAUCAAGUGGGCGAUUAUCAGUUGAUCCAGUAACAAAUUCUCAGAACUAAAAUCAUAAGAAUUGUACAGCAGUAAGUAAGGAGAAUUACUAAGAUGAUCAUCAUCAAUCGAUCGAACAUAGUGGCAAGUCAAUGUAAUACUGUUUCCUGGAAAUAUGUUCAAUAGUCCUGGAUCAGUGCCUGCACUAAAUAUCACUGUAGAUCAUGAAUUAAAAUUUACCUUUCAACCUCACAUGGAUAAUACUGAAAGGUUAUACAAAUGCACAGUGCAUUGUGUUAAGGCCAUUACAACUCCAUCAAAGGUGGAGGUAGUAGUUGACGUUUAAAUACAGUGUCUUGGCAGGGUGUCUCAGAUUGACUAAAUUUAAUCCCGCGCUUACUGCAUGCAUAUGAAGACUACAUGCUACCUUGGUAGUUGAACCUAAGGUUUAAGCUAAUGGCUGAGCGGUAAAAAUCUGCCUACUAUCGGUUAACCCUGACCCACCUAGUAAAGCGAGGGGAGAAUGUCGCCAACAGGUUACACCAACAGGUAACGGUGUCCAUCGCAGUUAGCUUAAUUUCCAGAAUAUUUUCAGAUUUCCUAGACAGUUUGUUUGUAAUAUGACUCCCUGAUGGAGAGAGACUCUGAGGAUAAGUCUUGGACUAGAGCACAAUACAGACCUUGAAUGCAAGGACCUUGUGAUUUACUGAGACAGGCAUGCUUAGGGAAGCCUAUGAUCAGGCUUCUUAUUACUUACAGUACUUUGCCCAGGACAACAGACCUAUGUCCCCAGAAGAUGAAAGACCCUUUUUAGUGUUGGUUUUGUUUUGUUUCACAAUUUUUGUUGCUUUGUUUUCACCCCAAUUUCUUUAUUCCUCAAAUUUUGAAUGUAGUUUUUCUUAUUUUUUUGCUAAUUUGUAGUUGAUAACCAUACAAUGAUCAUUCAUUAUGGAAUUUAUGCUGGAGAUGAAGCUUUUUCAUCGCCAAAG